CUGCCCUUCACUUGUGCCAGAGGAAAGGCCACUCCAGCUCCAUCAUGGUGCAGAUUCUCCUCCUCGCUCUUGCAGUGGGUUUGUCAUGUGUUGACUCUUCACAGAUCAAUGGAGACUGGAACACAAUUGCUCUGUCUGCUGACAACAAAGAGAAGAUCGAAGAGGGGGGCCCCCUGAGAGUCUAUUUCCGUCAAAUAGACUGUAACGAGGAUUGCUCUGAGAUUACCUUCAGGCUUUAUGUCAAAUUAAAUGGGGAGUGCAAAGAGAGCACAGUGGUUGCUUCACAGAGUCUAGGCGGUUUGUACACUGUACAAUUCGCGGGCCAAAACACCUUCGUAAUUGUUGAUAAGCAAGAGGAUACGAUCACAUUUUUUAACACAAACGUGGAUGAGAACGGACUGGUGACACGGGGCUAUGUAGUCGUUGGAAAAAGAGACUCUCUGACACCCGAAGAAACGCUCUCCUUUGAGGAGGCAAAUGAAGUAAAGGGUAUUCCCCAGGAAAACAUAGAAUACCUCGCUGGAACAGAUGAUUGUCCAGAGUGAUGCUAUUGAUUCGAUGGCAACCUGUCUGGAGUAUUCACGGUAGCACUUCUCCACGAAUUCUUAAUCAUGAACACCAAGAUCCAACUUUCUUUCCUGUUCAGUUGUACUUUUUAUUUGGCCAAAAAGUCCUGAACAUCUUCCCUGUCCUUCUUUUACAUCUCUGCUACAAUUCACUCGAACUUUUGUAUCCCAAUUAAUUCAAUAAAUUGAUUGAUGUCAUCUGAAAC